AUCAUGGCUGCGAGUCUUUUACAUGGCGGGUAAGAUGCACUUCGAUUUUCAACGAGACAUUGACAGAUUGAGUUCGAAAUGUGAACGUCAUAUUUUAAAAUGGGUGUAAAAGACCUUUGGAACAUUUUAUCGCCUUUGUGCGAUAGAAAACCACUGUAUGAGUUACAAGGCAAAACUAUUGCGAUCGAUUUAAGCGGUUGGGUCGUUGAUAGCCAAACGAUCGUAGAUAAUGCCGUACAAUCGAAGAUGUACCUGAGGAAUCUAUAUUUUCGUACAGCAUUCCUUCUCAUGCAUGGAAUAUCUCCUGUAUUUGUAUUAGAAGGAAAGGCACCUGACAUAAAACACAAAACUAUUAUACGAAGACAUAAUGUCCGUCAUGGGUUUUGCGAAAGAAAGACAAGCAAGAAAGGAGGAAGAUCACAAUUUAACCGGAUUCUAACUGAAUGUAAACAAAUGUUGGAGUAUAUGGGUAUUACCUGCAUACAGAGCCAUGGUGAAGCAGAAGCUAUGUGUGCUUAUUUAAAUGAGGAUGGGCUUGUAGAUGGAUGUAUAAGUCAAGACAGUGAUUGUUUUUUAUAUGGUGCAAGAAUAGUAUAUAGAAAUUUUUGUACAAGUAUCCAAGGAAAUUGCGGAGCUAGAGGUGGUUCUGUCGAUAUCUAUUGCAUGGACAAGAUAGAAAAAAUAUUGAAUAUAGGACGAAAUAAAAUGAUAGCAUUGGCUUUGUUAUGUGGCUGUGAUUACGAUGAAGGAGUAACUGGUGUUGGAAAAGAGGCUGCUUUAAAAUUUUUUAAGAUCGUAGAAGAUAAUAAUGUCUUACAAAGGAUUCAAGAAUGGAGAACAGAUACAAAGUUAGACAAAGUAGAAUCAGAUUUAUUAAAUUCAGAUUUAUGUACAUCAUGUGGCCAUAAAGGAAAAUUGCAGAAGCACAUAAAGUCGGGAUGUACCGAUUGCGGUACUAUUAGAAAAUGCAAUGAUGACUACAAACACAAGAGAGUGCUGAUGUUGAACGAGAUAUCAUUAAGAAAGAAAGCACUAUGUGAUGAAACUUUUCCAAAACAGGAGCUAAUAGAGGAAUUUCUUGUGCGGAAGGAUGCAGUUCCAACGAAAUUGGAUAUAGAAUGGAAGCAGCCUCAAGUCAGCCAUUUUAUUGAUUUUAUGGAAAAAUAUUUAUGUUGGGAUCCACAAUAUGCAUUUGAAAAAAUAUUCACCUUAACCAUUAGGUGGCAACUUUUACAUCUAUCAAAUCUUACACUUGAUAAACGUUUAUCUAUACCAAAUUUAUUCGUUCCGAAUGAAAUAAGAAAAAUACGUAAUAUCAGAUCUAUAGCCAGUUAUGAGAUUAUUUGGAAAAAAGAGCACAGUGAAAUAGAGAGGUUAAAUAAUUAUAAAGAACAAACACAGAGAAAUGAUGGCAAUGAUGAUGAUAAUUUUCUGACAAGCAUUGAGCCACAGAAUUUAGUUUUAAAGUGUUACCCGCAAUUAGUUGAAACAUUUGAAAAUAUGAGAAAUGCAAAAGCGAAAAAGCGAACUGCAAAUUCUCGAAAAAAGAAGACUGUAACGGAUGUAGUAGAAAAUAAUACUGAGAAAAAAAAUAAUGCAAAAUCAUGCCAAAAUAAAACGAGAAAAAAAGUUAUAAAAAAUAAAAAUAAUAGAAAGAUAGAUGAAUUUAUUUCUAAAACUUGUCCUAUGUCGCUGGAAGAGUCUUUUGAAGAAAUGGUAAUUACACCAAAAAGGUCAAAGAAGAAAAAUACUUCGAUUAAAGUAAAGGAAUUAAAAAUAAAGGAUACGUCUGAAAAUACAAUUGUGAGCACGAAACAUGUAAAACGUGGGCCACAAUUUGAUAGAAUACUUGGAAUGAAAACGUUACAUUCAAGGCAAAAUAAUACGCUUGAUAGAAUGUUCAAUGAACUUUCACCCGACGACUUUUUGAGCGAAGAUGAAGAUAAUGACUCGAAUAUAUCAAAUGUAAUAGAAGAAAUAUGUAAUGGACGAACUUUUGGACUUAAUAUUGAAAGUUGCCAUCCUAUAGAAUCCACGAAUCAACUUACAGACGGAAAUAGAAAAGCCGAAUCAGAAGCAUCAACGUCAAAUACAGAAAAGCAUGCAUAUGUGGAAGACAAGAAAGAAAACUCGGAUGAUUCUGAUGAUGAAUUCGGUGAUAUAACUGAAUUAUACAUCCCUAUUAAGCAAAGGAUUGGAAGAAUCUCAAAUGGACCAAGUGAGCAACUUUUACAAAUGUGCAAUCAAAUAGAAAAAAAGUCUUCAAUCGAUUUUGAAGAUAUUAUGGAUCAAACUGAUAUCGGAAGCAUGUAUUUAGACACGUGAUAUUAUUGAUACUAUAAAGUAUGUAUAUAUUUUCUACUUGUACUUGUGAAAAAUGU